CGCCCGCCGCGGGCCAUGGCCGACAGCGCCAGCGAGAGCGACACGGACGGCGCGGGCGGCCCGGGGGGCGGCGGGCCCGGCGGGCCGGGGGGCGGCGGCGGCGGCGUGCAGCCGUCGUGCUCCCCGGGCGCGGGCGGCGGCGGCGGCGGGGGCGCGGGCGGCGGGGCCGGGCCCGGCGGCGGCGGGAAGCCGGGCGGCAUUGUCAUCUCGCCGUUCCGCCUGGAGGAGCUCACCAACCGGCUGGCGUCGCUGCAGCAGGAGAACAAGGUGCUCAAGAUCGAGCUGGAGACGUACAAGCUCAAGUGCAAGGCGCUGCAGGAGGAGAACCGGGACCUGCGCAAGGCCAGCGUCACCAUCCAAGCCAGGGCCGAGCAGGAGGAGGAGUUCAUCAGCAACACCUUGUUCAAGAAGAUCCAGGCCUUGCAGAAGGAGAAGGAGACGCUGGCCGUGAACUACGAGAAGGAAGAGGAGUUCCUCACUAACGAGCUCUCCAGAAAACUGAUGCAGCUGCAGCAUGAGAAGGCAGAGCUGGAGCAGCACCUGGAGCAGGAGCAGGAGUUCCAGGUCAAUAAACUGAUGAAGAAAAUCAAGAAGCUGGAGAACGACACCAUCUCGAAACAGCUCACGCUGGAGCAGCUACGGCGGGAGAAGAUCGACCUGGAAAACACAUUGGAACAAGAGCAGGAGGCGCUGGUCAAUCGUCUCUGGAAGAGGAUGGACAAACUGGAGGCCGAGAAACGAAUCUUGCAGGAGAAAUUGGACCAGCCCGUCUCGGCGCCCCCGUCGCCCCGGGACAUCUCCAUGGAGAUCGACUCUCCGGAAAACAUGAUGCGGCACAUCCGGUUUUUAAAGAACGAGGUGGAGAGACUGAAGAAGCAGCUGCGGGCCGCCCAGCUACAGCACUCGGAGAAGAUGGCCCAGUAUUUGGAGGAGGAGCGCCACAUGCGGGAAGAGAACCUGCGGCUGCAGAGGAAGCUCCAGCGCGAGAUGGAGCGGAGGGAGGCCCUCUGCCGGCAGCUCUCGGAGAGCGAGUCCAGCUUGGAGAUGGACGACGAAAGGUAUUUUAACGAGAUGUCUGCCCAAGGCUUACGACCUCGCACUGUGUCCAGCCCGAUCCCUUACACGCCUUCUCCCAGCUCCAGCAGGCCCAUCUCACCGGGUCUGUCGUACACAAGUCACACGGUCGGCUUCACGCCCCCGACGUCGCUGACCCGAGCCGGAAUGUCUUACUACAACUCCCCUGGACUCCAUGUGCAGCACAUGGGAGCCUCCCACGGGAUCACAAGGCCUUCACCCCGGAGAAGCAACAGUCCGGACAAAUUUAAGCGCCCCACGCCUCCGCCAUCUCCGAACACACAGACUCCCGUCCAGCCUCCUCCGCCUCCGCCCCCACCCCCCAUGCAGGCCUCCCUCCCGUCCGCCACCUCGCCGCCCGCCUCCUCGCCACAUCCGGUGCACCCCCCCCCACAGCCCUAGUGCAUGCGCUCCAGCAGGUGGGCUGUGCCGAAGGUGGGAGAGGAGACGAAGCCGUUUACGAAAAGCCGAAGCCUCCCGGCGCCCGGCAGCCUGACUUCUUGGCUCCGAGGGUCUCUCGACUUCCCUCUUAAUGGUGUUGUAAAUGUCUGUCCAAAACGCAGCCAGCUUUGUGGGUCUAUGACACUAACCCCUAGAACAACCUUUCUCCAUCAGUGUUUACUUGAAUCUACAUGUAGGUCUCUCUUCUGGCUGGAACCUUCGCUCCUCCGUAUCUGGUAACUUGGUGAUGCGCCAUUUGCUCAGCUCUAGAGCGCUUUCUUUUUCCUCCUGGCUUUUAGGUUGGUAAAAUAAAAGGGAGACCCACGGUCUUCGCUCUCCCUGCCCUUGGCCCCUAGUAAAGAUGGCGGCCUCUUCGGCCCGCCUCCCGCCGAGCAGCCGGAAGGACGUGGGUGGCCGGGACGCGCCCGCGCUGGGCCUCGGUCAAGUUCCCCGUCUGUAUUCCCGCCUGCCACCGCGCUUCUCUCCUGACACACUGUCCUAAGCCAGUGCAUACGAGAUAGUAUUGGGUAAUUAUCACAGAGUGUAAGAUUCCUGGGGCUCGAGGAGGGGCCAUUUCCUCAAUUGUCCACGCCCACUUCCCUGUACACCAGAAGCUGACCAUGCUGUUCUUUCCAGCAUAGUUCUGUACCAGUCACCCCCUCCCCCCCAUGACUUGGGGGACCAGUUGAGAGGUGCUGUCCAGUGUGGCACCCAGGGGGGCUGUGGGAGGCGACCAUGGAGAGCUCUGGCGUUCCCUUUUACCCCUACACCAGGAGCCCCUGCCCCUGCCCCCCACCCAAGCGAUUCCCUCAAACACAGUUGGAACAAGAUUUUCAAGAAGCAAAGUCCUCCUUAGAGACCCCGAAUGAGAAGAAGUGUUGUAGGAACGUCGGCCUAAAUGCCAAAAGGUACCGUUUUGUGGGUAGCGAAAAUGCGAGUGAGGGAGAGCACCCCAAGGGCCGAGGAAGCUCCCUGGAUGGGAACUGGUGCGCUGAGUGCGUGUCGGGAAGGACCCCCGAGGACGGUCCCCUCAGACCGGCCUCGGGGGCAGCCGUGAGCGAUUUGGCUUCGUGACUCCACGAGACAGAAGGCGAGGCUCUCUUCCCUCAUUCUAGCGAAAUGCUCCUUUUGGUUCGGCAACAAUUUCUGUUUUUGUACUUUGAUAGUGAAGUGGUCUUCCUUCCCCGCCUGUGUUUUUGCAUAUUUCGAUAUGCUGUGGACAAAAACCUUACUAGAGAAUGUAUAUUUUAUGAUGAGAAUGUGUAUCUAUUCUGUUGGAUAUAAUCAAAGAACUGAAAAAUAAUUUAUCGGUUAUUUUUUUUUUUAAGAAUCCAUGUUUUGUGACCGAACCAUCUCGAAUGCCCCCCUUUUAUUGAACACAUGCCUAAAAAAAGGAACAUUGUAGAUAUUAAAUAUUGUGCAGUCAUGUCAACUUUCAUUUUUGCCUUUGAAUACCUAUUUAAAAAUCGAAAGAAAAUUACUGGAUUAGAGUGCUCGAUGAGUAAACUCGAGAAAGCUAACAACCACCGUAGGAUUUUUCUCCUCUCCCUGUUUCCAAGCCAAAAGAAAGACGCGUGGCUCUGGCUUCUAAGCAUUUCAGAAAAAAUCGUGUGUGUGUGCUGUAUACAUUUGGUAUUUAAUAAUGUGGGUGUAUUCUACAUUGUCAUUGUGUUUUCUUAAAACGACAAUGUCAAGAAAGAUCACGUGAAUCAAGUGACCAAGUUUCCAUAAAGGUUCCCGGCAGCCCCAGGGCCGACUUCUGGGUCCGGUCCGCUGUUGCAAAGUCUCAAACCAUGUAACUUCCUUGUGGGCUACACGGCCUUCCCUCCCUCCCGUCCCCCCCAGAUGAUUGAAUCAGUGAGUGAAAUCGCUUCGGUAUGUGCCCCAGGGAUUUUCAGAGAUGGACUUAGAUAAACGGUAGGCUCUUCCCUUUGAAAACGUCUCCUCCGAGAACAUAAAUGGCAGCACUGCUAGGGAGCGUAGCUUGCUUUUAAGAAAUCCUUAUUGCCCUAUUCCCCGUUCCCCAGAAAGUUGGUUUACUCCAGUGAAAGAAAAGUCAAAGCCUUGUAGGAGAAUGGAUGGGACGGGCAGAUGGUGAUAGAAUGAGAAGUGUCACAAGUACAUGAAUCAAGGCAGAAUCCUUCAAAAAUAAGAUUUCUACAAAAGCAAACUGCCACUUUGUUCCGGAGCCGAAAACUAGGAUUAUUCACCAUAAAUGUAGCCGGCUCCCUCUUCCCUAAUACUGUGUGUACAGUCCCUGUAGGACAACCACUGCUGAUGGUGGGUGAUGUAACGGGCUCACGAGGCACUCCGACCCCCUCGUGUCACGUCACGGGGUCAGCACCGCAGCUGCCGGCCACUGACCAUCCUGAGUUUGCAACUCAUAGGAUUGAGCCAGGGACGAGAAGAAAACUUCCUGUCGUGUCCCUGCUCACGGCCUCAUUGUCCCCCUCAGACAAAAAGUCUGGGCUGCUGCUAUUCCUGGGUGCCCCGUGCUCUGAAUUUUCCUACGGACCAGCCUCGUCACUUGUCGCCCUGAGAGCGUAGCCGUCGCAGUUAGGUGAACGUAGGUGAUGGUAUUUUUGCAGAUGGCAGAGACGUGGCCUAGGAGGCGUCAGGGUUCCUCCUGGCCUUCCUUCGCAGACUCCCGAUGGCGUGGCAGAAGGUAGAAAUUCUCCUAAGUUUUCGUGCCCCUUCCCCUCCUGUCCAGUUUGAGUUUUAGAGCGAUGAGCUUAGAAGCUCGCGGAGUGUGUGCGAGACCCAAAUGUGACUUUGACACCAAGUGCCGCCCCGUGAUUGGCCAUUCGGCAGUAGGACCAAAAAUCUCAGUGGCGAUUCUUGCUAAAGCCGUACAACUGAAAGAGAUUAGAGAUUCUGUGUGGCACCUUCCCCCUACCCCCAGCAUAGAUAGGAGAUUUUUCCCACCAGAAGCCUUGCUAGAAAAGGAAGCCUCGGACACUGGAACAGAAGAAAAGUAACUUGUGCUUUGAGAUCUCAUCAUUUUGCUUAGUAGUACAGAAGUCUCCGUGUGGCUUGAUCUUCUGGCCAGUAGUUGUCUCGUAGGUAUCCAAUAUUGAAAACAUCAUCAUGAGGUCUACCAAAGAAGUACAUAGCAAAAUGAUAGUUUAUUUCCAAAUGAUUAGUGAGCCAGUCAUUGAAGCUGCUACGUGAGUUCCAUGCUCAAGAGCCAUUAUAACAAAUUAAGGGAGUUGUUUUUCUAUAAUUUUUCUUUUUUUUUUUUCCUUUUUUACGACAAAUGAAACUCCACACACAGCUGUCGGCCUGAAGUCCCGGGGAGCAUUUUCCCAGGUGCUUGGCAGUUUUUGUAGCGAUCAACCGCCAAGUCCGGACUGCCUCAUGUUAGGGGAGGGAGCGUAUCCACUAUUCUUAAGGGUGUGGGAGCUGUGUGUGUGUGCAUGGUGUCUGUGUGUCUGCGUGUUCAUUCAUGCCUUAACUCUGGUUACUGCUCAGAUUUAGUUCUCGACUUAGUCUGCCUUGUCAACUAGUUUGUAUCGUACUUCUCGAUCUGAACUUCAUCCUGGCCAAACCGCUCCCCCUCCCCCCAAAACAAAAAGUCUCGGCAACAGCAACUGUAGAACUGUUUUCUCGGAAUAUUAUUUAAUCAGGUCAACCCCAAGUAUCCUUUGGACUUUCUUUGGUACUUAAGAAAUCAUAUAAAAGUGACCCAGAGAAGUGGAAGGAAUUCACUGAGGACAAGAGCGUGUCUUCCUCACCUUGACAUCUCAGUGCCCAGUGUAAACGACUCACCGUGGUUUGGCCCUACAGCUUGAGUAGAUUUGGAGAUGCAGUGGCAAUCUUGAUAUUCUUGCUUGGUCAGAGUUUAGAGAGAUGUAAGACUUCCAAUUAAUGUCUUUUUUGCUUCUUUGUGUUGAUUAGUCUUUGAUACAUGUGCUGAAUCAGAAACCUGAAUAAAGAUAAUUUUUUUAAAAUGGA